AUACACAAGUCAUGUACAAUUUAAUAUAGAUAAGGAUUUGAAAUGGUCAUGAUUAAAGAUAAGUAAUCAGUUUAUAGUUGGAGAUACGGACGAAAUUUUCUACAUAUAUAUUAGGUGACAGUAACUCAAGAUUAGUAUCUACUUGCAAUCAUCUACAGGACAAUAUAUAUGGACAAUUCUUCAAUCUACAGUUGCCUGGGACUGGUGUUGUCUAUAACAACAAUUGAGGCCCUUCUAUGUAUGUCAUGUGACAACGUGGCCGACCCAAGGUUGUGUAGUCGGCUUUUGACAUGCAGUUCUAAUGAGAUGUGUUAUGUUCAACAUAAACUUGGGACGAAUGGUAAUCAAUUCUACAAACUCGGCUGUGUUGAUAGAAAUGUCUGCCUCGGAAGCCAGACUUCUGUGAUUCCUGUUGGCAGAAGAAACACAUAUAAUAGUUCAUCUGGCCUAAUCGAUUCAAAUGAAAUACAGUCAAGUGGAAAAAUGACACGUGCAUCGAAUGAUGGUUUUCAUCUAUGCACACAGUGUUGUGAUAAAGCGGAUGGUUGCAACAAAGAUCUUUGCACCUCACAUCCAGCAACAAAUCUAAGAUGUCUGUCCUGUGCAGGUGAGAACGAUCCAAAAAAUUGUCAACAAAUAAAAGAAUGUGGUAGGGAUCAGUUUUGUUAUGUACACAAGGGACUAAAUCCGAACAUUGCCACUUACAGCGUUCAGUAUGACUUUGGAUGUAUGGGGUCCUUGCAAUGUCGAGCAUUCAAGAAUGUGUUCUCAUCUUCGUGUGUAGCUUGUUGUAAUGACACUGACCUUUGUAAUUAUGAUGCCUGUGAUCACUGGUCACCAAAUACUCCGGGAGCAGCUAAACUCGUAACAUCAUCGGCGCCACGAACGACGGUGCCGAAACUUGACGUACAUAUAAAUGGACCCGAUAAAGGUCACUUCUUGAAGGAAACACAGUUUGCUUGUGUCACAAACCCUGCUGCUGAUUCAUAUAGGUGGAAAUUCAACGGGACAUUUUCUAUGCCGAUGGGUGUUACCGAGCAGCUUAUAUCUGGACAAACGGGAGGAGGGUCUGGUUUAGAUAUUCUACAUAUUAAAAACUUGACAGAGUCAACAUUUGGAACGUACACAUGUGCGGCAACACUCAACGGAUAUACAGCAGAACAAUCUCAUUUUAUCGGAAUACUUGCAGCGAAGCCCACUGUGAACAUCAUUAAACAACCGGUAUCUUCAAGUUUUGCUAUACAAUGUCAAGUAACUGGAUAUCCUGCUCCACAUAUACAAUGGGACUUUGUUCCUAAAUCGCCUAUUAGCCAUGGUAUCCCUCCAGGUGUCCAGUUUCGAGAGGAGGCCUAUAAAUCGACACUGGAUGUGUCGCAUUACAACCCUGUAGACCAUGAUGGCAGCUGGUAUUGUAAGGCAACCAACACAGCAGGAAGCACGGUGUCUGAAGUACACAUUCCCUAGGUGUAGAUUUUAUACUUCCUCUCCUG